ACGGCGCAGAGCGCGCGGCCGCGUCACAUCAGGGCCUUGGGCGGCCCUGUCGCCCUGGCGACGGUUUCCCAGAUCCGUGCUGCCCCCGCGGGCUAAGCCUUCUUCGCGAGGGUCCAAGAAGCUUAGGCCAUGUCGGUCACGGAGUCCUUCUCGGCGGUCGAUGGGUUGCCCGAUUCUGAGAAGAACCCUGGGGAGUCCGAGAAUACCUAUAUUCUGCGGCCCAUUUUCCAGCAAAGGUUCAGACCCUCUGUGGUUAAAGACUGUAUCCAUGCUGUACUCAAGCAAGAACUGGCAAAUGCUGAAUACUCUCCAGAAGAAAUGCCUCAGCUCACAAAACGUUUAUCAGAAAAUAUUAAAGAUAAAUUAAAAGAAAUGGGAUUUGACCGAUAUAAAAUGGUGGUGCAAGUAGUGAUUGGAGAACAAAGAGGGGAAGGAGUAUUCAUGGCUGCUCGCUGUUUCUGGGAUGCUGACACUGACAACUGCACUCAUGAUGUUUUCAUGAAUGACAGUUUAUUCUGUGUUGUAGCGGCAUUUGGCUGUUUCUACUAUUAAAUCUUUGAAAGCUGGAAAAAGAUAUGACCAUGAAGAAAUACGAACUUUUUUAUCUUGUUAAAUAUUUUGACAAAAUAAAGAAAAGUUGGCAGUUUGGCAA